CUCACUUCUUCUAGUCAUCAAUCUCCGGUAGCUUCUGUUCCUUGGAACUUUCUAGAAUCUUUUCCUCAGUUUGAUCAACGUCCUGAUCAUCCUUCUAAACCCCCAAACCUUACCUUGUUCCUCAAAGAACCAAAGCUUCUAGAACUUUCUCAGUCCGAUAGCAACAUGAUCCCUUACCAUAAAUACAUCCCAAACUCUCUUUAUCAAUCAGAUCAAACCAGAAACGAGUGGGUAGAGAUCAAUAAAACUCUAACCAACUAUCCCUCAAAAGGGUUUGGAAACUAUUGGUUAAGUACCACCAAGACUCAGCCCAUGAAGUCAAAAACAAGAAAGGUUGUUCAGACGACGACACCAACAAAGCUGUAUAGAGGAGUGAGACAAAGACACUGGGGCAAAUGGGUCGCAGAGAUUAGGCUACCAAGGAACAGAACCCGUGUUUGGUUAGGCACUUUUGAAACCGCUGAGCAAGCCGCGAUGGCUUACGACACAGCAGCUUAUAUCCUGCGAGGCGAA